GCUACGGCUUCCGCGUGAGCUGAACGAGGCAUGCUGUUGGGCCUGUUGGCCAUUGGUGUGGUCCAUUCGUUAACGCCGUCGACGCCUACACUAACAAAAAUGGCAGCUUUCGACACGGCUGUGCCCACAGUGGACAUCUCACCUUUCACAGCUCCAGCAGCGCACUCGGACGCAGCGCGACGAGCCGUCGGCCAGGAGUGGGACGCCGCGAUGACGAACGUCGGUUUCGCGAUGAUUACGGGCCACGGUGUCGAUCCGGCGAUUGUCGACGCGCUGCGGCGCGGCGCGCACAGCUUCUUCGGCGGACCUGCAGCAUCGAAGCAAAAGUACUGCUACGGGCCCUACGGCAACCCGCUCGGCGGGUUCACGGGCAUGGGCGUCGAAGCGGUGGCGCGGUCGAGAGAUGACCACGGGAGCGACGGCGGCGCCACGCAGACGACGGCGCUGCCUGACCUCGUGGAGUCGUUCGUCUUCAAGCCCGAGGAGACGACGAAGCCCAAGCCCCCGUCUAUGGACGACGCGGGCCACGCCUACCACGCGGCGUUGCUACAAGUGCUCGACGCGCUGCACAAGGUGACGGCGGCGGCGCUGGGCCUCGACGCCGACUUUUUUGCACCUUACUACGCGCCCUCCGCCAAGUGUAGUUUGAGACUCGCCUACUACCCGCCCCUCUCGACAACGCAACAGACGUCGUCGGCGGUGCGCUACGGCGCGCACACGGACUACACGGGCUAUACCAUAUUAUGCCAAGAUGACAAUGACGUGGGCGCCCUCGACGCGGGCGGGCUCCAGGUCUUGCUCAAGUCGGGGCAGUGGGCGGCCGUCACACCCCAACGGAACGCCUUCGUCGUGAACAUCGGGGACUUGUACGAGGUCUGGACCAAUGGAAGAUGGCGCAGCACCGUGCACCGCGUCAUGAAGCCUCCACAAGGAUCAAAGGCGGCGACGCAACCGCGCCUCUCGAUCCCCUUCUUCACGGGCCCCCACGACGACGCCCGGAUCUCGUGCCUGCCAGGCAUGGGCCCGGCGAAGUACGCGCCCGUGUCGGCGGGCGAGCACCUGCGGCGGAAGUUGGGGAUAUCGAAUGUAUAAAUC